UUGCAGGAGGAGAAUGGGAGCUUUGUGUAUGAAAUGGAUGUCUUGGGGAAGAGGAUGAUUCAGACGGGGCCACUGGGCUCAAUAACCCGGGACAGCACCUUCAGCCUGCACAUCCAGUGCAAGUACAAGGGGGAGCAUGAGGCAGGCUUACAAAUCAAUGUCUCAGUUUACACCCUGCCUCCACCACUAGCUGCUUCUGAAGAUGGGAUCCUGAGGCUGGAGCUGCGAAUAGCAACAGAUGGCAGCUACAGCUGGUGGUACAGGGACAGUGACUACCCCAUUCAGAGAAUCCUUCAGGAGUCGGUGUUUGUUGAGGUUCGUGUGAAGGAUCGCACUGACCCAAUGAUAGUCCUGAGAUUGCGUGACUGCUGGGCAACCCCUGUGCCAGCCCCUGACCAUGAGGUGCAGUGGAGUCUCCUGGUGGAUGGGUGUCCCUAUGAAGGUGAUGACUAUCUGACCCUCCUACACCCAGUAGCAGGCUCUUCUGGCCUGCAGUUCCCAACCCAUCACAAGCGGUUUGAAGUGAAGACAUUUGUUUUCUUGGAUGGAGUGUCUGAGCAGCCCCUCUCUGGACAGGUUUACUUGCACUGCAGUGCUGAGGUUUGCUCUCCCUCUGGUCAGGAUGACUGUACACCCAUGUGUGGUCCAAGGCAGCGCAGGAGUACCCAUCCCCAUGAGGGGACAGUGGUGAGUGCACCUGGCCCAAUCCUCCUGGGAGGGAGCGGUUACACUGCAAAGAAACAACUUGAAGCAAAUGAUGUUGCUGGGACCCCUUGGGUUCUGCAUGGAGCAGCUAUUGGCCUCCUGAUGGUGUCUCUAUCCCUGCUGGUAGUGAUGGUUGCAGUGUACAUGAAGAGAGCAAGAGCUGCUGCUGUUUCUCCAUGUGGUGAAUUGUAAGCCCUGAACAGAAAUAAACCAGAUGGGGAAAUGUGUUCUGAGUCCUU